AUCGCCCGAUUCGGAUCGGAAAAGAUUAACUACGAAAUAAUUUAUAAAAUAAACAAAUAUUUUAAGAAAUUUUUGCCAUUCAUUACUUUGCCUAAUUUUGUAGGGAACCGAACCAAACCAAAGACGUAAAAAAUGCCACUAAAACUCUGCGUCGUUCCGAAUGAGGGGAAGCGUGAGAGAAAGCGUCGUGCUAAAAAGGCUCAGCAGCAGAAGGCACCAAUCAGCAGGCGGGACUUUCUGCGUAUGGCUGAGGAGGAUGCGUGCUCCAUGUACGGCGGUCCUGGCGACCCUCCUCCUGUUCCGGAAAAGCCGGCAGCUGUGCGCUCUAAAAUUUUGCCGUUGAGUUUUGAGCUGCAUCUGAAGCCCAAAAUGUCGGCCGCGAAGGAGGAGCUAUCGAAAUCUGUGAUAGAAACGAGCUGCCGUCGUUCAUCUGCUGUUUGUCGAGAGUUAAGGACUAUGGCAGCAGUUCCGAUUGUGGAACCAUUCCAGGAAAAAAUUGUGGAACCAAUCGUGGAAUCUGUUCAGCAAACAUUCUCCCAAUGCGCAGAUGUAGACGUGGCACCAGUAUCGGAUACUUUUGAAUCAAUUUGGGCAGAGUUCGAUGAGCCUGCAAUGAACUGGGAACUUCCGGCUAUAGAUGCGAAUCUCGUGCCACCGACUGAACCCCAAUGUGAGCUGCCCGCAUCACAGUGUCCCAAACAAUUUUAUUCAAUGCAACCCAGUAAUACCGAUCAACCAGUGCAAUCAUUGCACGAUUUAAUCGAUUCUCUAUGCCCUGAAAACCCGAUUCAAACACUGCCCGCGAUAGCAGCGCCAACUUUAAAUCAGGGAUGGGACCAUAUGUAUUCACGUCCCUCCAAUCUAGCACCGAUUUCGCAGGAAUUCUGUCAACAAAUGCUAACUGAAUCUGAGAUGUUUUUUCCACCAGUUAAGCAGAGCGGGAACUCGAUGGCUUUAUGUGCCUCCGUCCAACCAAUGGCAUCAGCAGGCCAUCAAAGCUGGGACUCCACAAAUCAUCUGCAGCAUUGGGAACGGUUCCAUAGCUCCAUGGUGCCGCCUGUUGCACGUGACACUCCGAUUCCUGUGCCACAAUCAUACCAGAGCUGGGACGUUAAUCUAAAAAAUGUUACACAGAUGCAGAUGGCACAGCCUCCAGUUACCCCAGUAGACGCACCUAAAAGCAUUGCCAUAAACAUGCCAAAAGCUUACCAAAGCUGGGACACAGUGCCACAAAAUCAUAUUUACAAUGGGAAACAAGCGGAACAUCCGAUGAAUAUGCCACAAUCAAAUCAGAGUUGUAAUUCGGGCUUCAUAAUGCAGCAGGAUAAUGGGAAAGAAGUCCCUCUAUCUGUUCCAAAAGCCGCAUACAAUUCUCCUCAGAUCUGUGAUAUAGGAUUAAAUAAUGGCCCACCCACCGGUUCUACUCGUCCUGUUCUCAUACCUGUCAGCCGUGUGACAUCGGCACACCUCAGUACUAGCAAUAAACCAUCUCAAAAGUCUAGCUCUUGGCUAGAAGAAAUUAUGGAAGAUGUGGAAAAUCCUGAGCAAUCAACCACGGAACUCUUGAUUCAACAAGUGCAGCCGGCAGCCAAUCCUUCAACUUUUCAUAACGCCAACACCAAGAUCUUGAGCAAUCAUUUUGAAAACACUUGUCAUGGCACCGACUCUGAACUCGUAAAAAUACAGAAAACUCGUGUGAUGACAGCAAACAAUCCGAUCAAAAUGUCAAUACUGGAUCAUGCCCAUAACUCUGUGUACAAAAAUCAAGUUAAUACUGUGGUAGAGCCGACCUUUCAUUUUACACCAUCAGGACAAGCUAUAAAUAUGAAAAAAGAACACAUAACGAUGCAAAAAGAAAUCACAAGUUUGCAAAAUCUUUCUUCUAAUUUGAACUCUGUUUCCGGUCAAAAAAUUGAGCAUGUUAGCACUCUCCAAGUACCAAUCAAAACGCCUGUGAUCCGUGUGAGACUAGCAGACAAUCCGAUGCCUGAGUUAAAAGCUAUUCCCUCAACCCAGUUACCUCCGAUUAACCAUAUAAUAUCCAAAGCAAACUCAUUGAAUGCACCAAAAGCCAACCAAAAAGGGAACCCAUUAGCUCAAAAUCAAAUUGAUAAUGUGGCAAUGCAACAUCCACCAACUGUGAAUGUCCCAAUGCCCAUUAUUGGCGUCAGACCAGCAGACAAUGCGCCUCAAAAGGCAAAAUCUGUCCCUAAAAAAAAAAUUAUAAAUGUGUCAGCACCUAUUGGACAAAUGAAACGAGCAGGACAAUCGAUAACUGUGCUAAAACAACCCAUAACUGUGACUAAAAUGCAAGCUCCUUUCCUUAACUUGAACUCUGCAUCCCAAGAACCGGUUCAAACAGUGAACGCUGUGCCUAUACCCAUGAAGCCUCCUAUAGCCCGUAUGAAACCUUCAGAAAUCACAACCAAUAUACUGACAGGUACGCAGAACUUAGACUCUACCAUCCAAAUUCAGUUGGAAAAUGGAGCAACGAUCCACAUACCGCAAGUACCAGUAACCACGGCAACAACAAUAGCAGCCAAAUCUCGAGGACAGCAACCCAUGGGCAUGCCACAGGUGUGUCAGCAACCCUUGACUAUGCCACAGCCGUGUCAGCAGUUUCGCAUGACGGGCGUCAAAGUACAGCGUAAUCCUCCUGCAGGGGCCCAAGAGUUCAACGGAGACCAAAGGCCAAGGCUGAUCUAUGUAAAGAGUGCCACUGGCCAGAAUAUACCCGUCUCCUUUAUGACAGGACCCGAUGGUUUGAUCACACAGGUAAAAAGGCUGCCACCGAAUGAGGUGAGUCGAACACCUGCGAAUCGAUUUACGAAUGGACUGCCGCCGUUGGAGCCAAUCACGCCAAAGAUCGUUCAGGCGCCCAACACGUGUACCACGAUGCACGGACCCGUGAACGGUGCAGGAUACUUUUGCGGGGUCAUGGCACCCGAUCAGGCCGUGGAGGAUGAGGAGGUGGACUACGAAGAGAUUGGGGUGGCCGAGACCUUUGCCGAGUACUGGCCAACGAAGCUCAAGCAGGGCAUGCCCCAUCCAGAUGCCGUCGUGGAGACGGCCACCCUGUCGUCGGUGGAGCUGCCGGACAUCACCUACGACCUGUCGUUGCCAGCCCACUUCCAGAUCGCGGGCAGCCUAAGUGCCCUGCAGCUGGAGGCCGUCAUCUAUGCAUGCCAGGCGCACGAGCGGAUCCUGCCGAGUGGCGAGCGUGCCGGAUUUCUGCUGGGCGACGGAGCUGGUGUGGGCAAGGGCCGGGCCAUCGCUGGCAUCAUCUACAACAACUAUUUGAAGGGUCGCAAGCGUUCGCUGUGGAUAUCCGUGUCGAACGACCUCAAGUUCGAUGCGGAACGGGAUCUCCAGGAUAUCGGAGCGGGCACGAGGAUCAAGGUGGUGUCGUUGAAUAAAUUAAAGUACUGCCGCAUCGACUCUGAGGAGAAUGGCCGCUUUCGCAAGGGCGUCAUCUUCUGCACUUAUACGGCACUGAUUGGGGAAUCCCUGACGGCCUCCUCCAAGUAUCAGGCGCGUCUGCGGCAGCUCGUCCAGUGGCUGGGCCACAACUUCAAGGGUGUCAUCGUCUUCGACGAGUGCCACAAGGCCAAGAAUCUGACGAUGGGCAAUGCGGGCAAGUCCACCAAGACCGGCACCACAGUCCUCGAGCUGCAAAAGCUACUGCCCCUCGCCCGGGUGGUCUACGCCUCGGCCACGGGCGCCAGUGAGCCCAAGAAUAUGGCCUACAUGACACGGCUGGGGCUGUGGGGUCCUGGCACCGCCUACGCAGAAUUCGUGGACUUUGUGUAUGCGGUGGAGAGACGCGGUAUUGGCGCAAUGGAACUGGUGGCCAUGGACAUGAAGCUUCGCGGGACCUACAUUGCCCGCCAGCUGAGCUUCAAGGAUGUGACCUUUCACAUCCAGGAGGUCAACAUGCAGCCGUCCUUCACGAAUGUCUACAACCAGGCAGCGGAACUGUGGGCAGACAUCAGCAAGAAGUUCACCAGAGCCUGCCAGUUGAUGAACGUGGACAAUCGGCUGCAGAAGAUCAUCACUUGCCAGUUCUGGUGCGCCCAUCAGCGCUUCUUCCGCAACCUGUGCAUCGCUUCCAAGGUCAAUACAGUCGUCAAAAUGACCCGCCAUGCUGUACGGCACGGCAAGGCUGUGGUCAUUGGCCUCCAGUCCACGGGAGAGUCGCGUACGCUGGAAAAUCUGGAGCGGAAUAAUGGCAAGCUCACGUCCUUUGUGUCCACCUCGACGAUGAUCAUUCAGUCGUUUGUGGAGAAACACUUUCCAGCUCCCCGGCGCGAGGCUUUCAUCGAGCUGCUCAGCACGGGGGAGUUUGUGCCGGAAACGCGCAGCCAGCCGCCGCGUGCCAAGAAGCCGCGCCCCACGAAUAUCGACUGGAUGGAGGAUGUGGAUGGUGGGGACUCCGAGGAUAGCGACGUAGAGAUCCUACAAGAGCGCUGGCCCCCCCUACCCGAAGAGUCAGCGAAGGGGCAUGGACGGAAGCGACGUGGAAGGCCACCGACAAGGACCGAAAAGGCGGAACGACUGACUAUGCAGGAUCGCAUUCUGAUGCACUUGCAUGGGAAUAUUCUGGCUGCCAGGCAGCUUGAAGCAUCGGAAUUCGAUCCGAGCGUGCCACAGCAGCCGAAAAUCACAGAACGCGACGUGACACGGUGCAUCCUGAUGAAGGAGAAGCUGCUGGCGCGAGUGGAGGAGCUGGGCCGCCUCCUGCCGCCCAAUACGCUGGACAAACUCAUCUCGAAGCUGGGCGGCACCAGCAAAGUGGCGGAGAUGACGGGCCGCCGGGGACGGGUCGUACGCCUGGGACGCAACGACUUUCGGUACGAGUCGCGCGUGGAGGAGGACAUCUCGAUGGAUCUGGUGAACUACAGGGAGAAGCAGCGCUUCAUGGAGGGCGAAAAGUUUGUGGCCAUCAUCUCGGAGGCCGCCUCCAGUGGCAUCUCGCUGCAGAGCGACAAGAGAGUGUCGAAUCAGCGCCGCCGCCUGCACAUAACGCUGGAGCUGCCGUGGAGCGCAGACCGUGCCAUUCAGCAGUUCGGUCGCACCCAUCGCUCCAAUCAGGUUAAUUCCCCGGAGUAUGUGUUUGUCAUCACGAAUCUCGCGGGGGAGCGACGCUUUGCCUCCACCGUGGCCAAGCGAUUGGAGAGCCUCGGAGCCCUGACCCAAGGCGAUCGUCGGGCCACCGAUGCCCGGGAUCUGUCGCAGUUCAACAUCGACAACUCCAUCGGAAGACACACGCUCGAGCAUGUGAUGCGGCAGAUGGCUGGCGAUAGGCAGCUGACAACGAAGCACAUUCCCGACUCCUUCGUGGGAAACUUCCACGAAGACUGUGCCACGGCUCUGGUCGGCGUGGGGCUGCUCAGCAUGAGGCAGGACAACGACCGCAAGACCUUCACCGUGGAGAAGGACUGCAACAACAUCACAAAGUUCCUGAAUCGCAUCCUCGGCUGCCGCGUGGAGAUCCAGAAUGCCAUCUUCAAGUUCUUUCUGGGCAACAUGUACUCGCUGAUCACCCAAAUGAAGCGCACGGGUCGCUACGAUCUCGGGAUACUGGAUCUGGAUGCCCACGGGGCAAGUGUGACGUCCGUGAAGCUGAUGCUUUUCACGAGGGAACAUGCCACGGGCACAGCAGCCACAGAACUGCACACGGUGAAGGUGGAGCGUGGCAUGUCCUUUGAGCAAGCUUUGGCCAAAUUCCGCAGGGAGGCCAAAGACUCGAACGAAGGAUUUUACAUCCUCAAGCAAAAGAAACGCAAUAAAAACACUGCAGUCCUGUGCCUCAAUGGACAAGGCCCUUCCACUUUGGUGACACGCAAAGAAUCCUCCACGCCGAGCCCAGUCUAUCUGCAGCUGUACCGCCCGAAUACUGGACCCCAAGUAAAGAUCGAGAACCUCGCCUCCAUUUCUCUACGCUAUGUGCUGGUGAGUCCGGAGGAGGCACAAGAAUACUGGCAGCACCAGUACGACAUCUGCCUCGACAAGUGCUCCCAUGUGUUCUGGAGCCGCCUCUGCCCAAAUCCCAACAGCUGCGAGGUGGGUCUGCGCGUGCGCACCUACCACGUGCUGUCCGGCCUGAUGCUGCCCAUUUGGGGACGAAUUGAGAAGAUCAUUGAGCGGAAUGGCCGCAAGAUACAGAUCAUACGCGUCAAGACGGAUGUCAACAAGAAGAUUGUCGGCACAUUGGUGCCCUCAAGUGUCUACAAUGAGCUGGUUGAGGAUUUGUCGGCGGAUUCAAUGGUUUCUAGCAAUCAGUAAAGGGAUGCUAGAGAGGCCAGAGAAGGGAGGUAUAGAUUUGUG